UGUAUUUGGAAUAUGCUUCUACGAAAGCGAGUAAGUAUACGUUGAUACAGGAUUCCACCCGAAAAAGAGAAAAGAGAACGAUUCGUAACCAUUGAGAAUUCUAGGCCAGACACCGUCGAGACCAACAAAGACCAACGAAUGACAAAGACUUAUGUAUGUGGGAGAGAAUCCUUUUUUAGGUUGAUUCGCUCGACGAGUAGAAUCGCUUAUUCUACAUUCGCUAACUACGAUGUAAUACGGAUGGAAUUUUUUUUGGAUACCGGAUAGCAUUUUCGCGACGGUAUUUUCCACUGUCUCCCCUCUCCUUUACAGCGUUAAAAUCUAUACUUGGCACGAUCGAUUUGAUAACCAGGAAAUUCAUUAAAUUGCACGCGUGUUUUGCUGUAACUGGAAUUUCUCACGCGUAUCGCAAUGUUUGGUAAAUUCGCACGCGACCUUCCUACGGUUUCCGAUACGAUAAAAGCAGGAAUAUAGCAGUACCUCGAAAGUAUUCUAUAAUCAUCUUCGUCGGUCACGUAUACUUCCUCAUAUCACUAAUAAGUAAGUCGUUACACGCGUGCAGAUAAAUUCUAUCAUGAACCAUAUCGCAGAAACACUGAACGCAGAAUUAUCCAAGUCGAGUAGUUGCGCCUCCUGGAAGUCUAGAAUGCUUGCCAAGAUAAAAGAAUGCCGCGACGCGAUUAAGAACGUGAUGUCCUUCGACAUGCUGCGUGGCUAUCGAACGCCAACCAAAACCAAUUCCUGCGACAUGAAAGCAAUGUGUUCGGAUAUUGUUGCAUUCAGCAGCUUAGCACUGAAGUACGACGAGCCGAUUUUAACCGGAAAUUCAUGUGACAAGACAAACGACACGAACCGUUUCGUUACGAUGGAUAGGAAAGACAACAUGGAACUCGUUAGAAUUUGAACAUUUGAACACGUCGGAUAUCGGUUUUGAGAAAUCAGAUGCCAAGUUUUACGAAGACUUUCAUAUGAACAAUUGCGCAUCGUCUCCGAUUAAAAAUGUACAUACAUAUUCGAUCUUGAGAACAACUUCUCGAUAUGAAUUUCUUCUAUCGCUAUCGUUAAACUUAUGUUUUGUUUUCUGUUUUUUCUUUUUAUACAAGCUUUUUUAUUUAUAGAAGCAUAUUUAUACCUAUGGUUUCCAAUAAACUAUGUUACGAUGCACGUGCGUGAACCCUUCAAGUAAUUUCAAAUAACUCGUCCGUUAUUAGAACAAUUUCAAUCCGAACGUAAACAUAAAUAUGUAACAUUGCCAUGAUGCGUAACCAAUGUGACAUUAUCAAAAUCUAAUACAUAAUGUGUUUCAACAAACUUUUGUAAGUUACUGUUACAGAUUACGGACCAAGAGCACGACAUCGAAUAUAUCGAACAUCGCGUAAC